UCGUGGAGUCUCCUGGCCGUUCCUCGCGACGAUCAUAGUUGUUUAACUGGCUUUCGCUUCGAACCAUGAGCUUCGGAUUUCGCGUUUUGUUCGCCGCACUCGCGGCGCUCGCGAUCGCUGACGAGCCUAUCUUCGCCACGGCUGAAAACGAUGCUCCCUCCGGGCGUGUUUUCACGAUAUGCGUGCCGGAAGUGUACUGGAAGGAUUGCGCGGACAUGAUGAAGGAUUCGGCCGAUAAAGGAAUUCCGGUUUCGUGCAUUUCUGGUCGCGAUCGGUACGAAUGCAUCGACAGAGUCGGGAAGAAGGAAGCGGACGUGGUGGCCGUCGAUCCCGAGGACAUGUAUCUGGUGGCAAAGAACAACGAGCUGGCCGCGAAAGCCGGGUACAGUGUCGUCGAACAGGUGAGAACCAAGGAGGAACCGGACGCGAUCUAUCGAUACGAAGCCGUGUGCGUGGUGCACAAAUACCUGGCCAUAAACAACGUGCAGGAACUGCGCGGAUUGAAGUCCUGUCACACGGGCGUGGGACGGAACGUUGGCUACAAAAUACCGAUCACCAAACUUACCGCCAUGGGGGUCUUGAACAACGUGAACGAUCCUCAGUACUCGGCUCGCGAGAACGAGCUUCGUGCUCUAAGCUCGCUCUUCUCCAAGGGAUGCUUGGUCGGCACCUGGUCGCCGGAUCCAGCAAUCAACCGACGACUCAAGGAAACCUACUCGAACAUGUGCGCUCUGUGCGAGAAGCCCAACGUCUGCGACUACCCUGAUAUUUAUUCGGGAUACGAGGGCGCAUUGCGGUGCCUCGCCCACAAUGGCGGCGACGUAGCCUGGACCAAGGUGAUCUACGUGAAACGUUUCUUCGGUUUACCGGUAGGCGUCACCCCGGCGGUACCCACGAACGAGAACCCGGCUGACUAUCGAUACUUCUGCCCGGACGGUACCAAAGUACCGAUCGACGCUAACACCAAGCCCUGCACCUGGGCAGCCAGACCCUGGCAGGGUUACAUGGCCAACGGGGCCGUCAGCGACACCCGGGCCUUGCAAAAGGAAUUGACGGAUCUCGGUAAACUUGGGGAGGAAGAAAAGGCGAGCUGGUGGAAGGACAUCAUGCUCCUGGACAACAAGACUCUGGCCGUACCAGCGCCGGUCGUGUCGCCCGAGAACCACCUGAAGAACUCGAAAUACUUGGACGUGAUCGAGAGGGACUCCGGAUCCGUGGGCAAACUUGCUCGCUGGUGCGUUUGGAGCCAGGGGGCGCUCGACAAGUGCAAUGCUGUUGCCAAAGCGGCGUUCUCGAGAGACGUCAGGCCAAAGCUCGAGUGCAAGAUGGAGAAGGACGAGGACGCGUGCUUGAAAGCCGUUAAGGAAGACAAGGCCGAUCUGGUGGUAGUCGAGGGAGGCUCGGUCGCACGAGCGAUCAAAGACUAUAACGCGGUUCCCAUAAUCGCGGAAACUUACGGACAGGGCACGACGAACCACAGCGAGAGACCGGCGGUCGCGGUCGUCAAAGAGUCCAGCGGGAUCAGCAAACUCGAGGAUCUGAGGCAAAAGAAGUCGUGUCACAGCGGAUACAAGGGUGACUUCGCCGGUUGGGACGCCCCGAUGCACGUGCUGAAGGAAAAAGGCUUGUUAAACAACACGGACGACGCGGGCGAGUUCUUCUCGGGAUCCUGUGCCCCGGGCGCGGACGUUAACUCGAAGCUCUGCGUUCAGUGCGUCGGUAGCGCCAUGUCCGACGACGAUCAAGUUCGACGGGCCACCAAGUGCAAACCUAACAACUCAGAAGCGUUCAAGGGUGGCGAAGGAGCCCUGAAGUGUCUGUUGUCGGGUCAAGGAGACGUGGCGUUCGUGCCGUUUACCGCCUUGGCAAAUAUCGAGAAACUAGGUCCAUCGGACAAACCAAAGGAGAAGUGCGAAUUGCUCUGCCCUGGAGGCAACCGUGCGCCCCUCGACGACUGGACAGCGUGUAACUUUGGCGUGGAGCCGCCACGAGUGGUCCUCUGCUCCGGUGAUAAGUCUGUAAACGCUCGGGAGGAAUUCACCCACGGCAUAUUGGCCGCGAGCUCCCUCUACGCGAAACGACCGGAUCUUCUGCACCUGUUUGGCACUUGGGCCGACGUGUCGAACUCAUUGUUCAAGGACGACGCCAAGGGACUCGUGUCCAUCGACAAAUCGUGGAACAAGUGGAACGAAUGGCAGGAAACCAAACAGAAAUACGGUUUGGCUUGAUAAACGAAACCUCGCCCCCGUUGGAUCGACACGAAAUAAAACUUUAUAACGACAGUUUAAACCGAAUUAAUUCGUUCAUAUCGAGACUAUUAUUAUGUUUCAUUUGUUUCCCAUUAGUAGCUAUCUAACAUUCCAGCUUCUUUUUUAGUUGGUGUGAGAAAUAUACACUUAAUUCUUCAGAAAAGGAGAACUCGCUUUAUCGUUUUGCGCGUAUCUUUUGCUUCGAAAGAGCGUUCGAAAAUCGACCUUUUUUUUAAUGUUUCAGUGUUUGAAUACAGUAAACAACAUAUAUAUGUUUUAUAUAUUUGCGUAACACAAUCGCAACGCUGAUAAUGCAUACCCAUGUUAAAGGAAUAUAUGUUUGUCUUUUCAUAAAAA